GUCUGUCCGGAACAUGUCCACCGGAAUCGCACAUGCAAAGGAGAAUAAGAGUUACCAAGGUACCCUGGGAAUUGCUCGCUUAAAAAUGUAAACUGUUUUCGUUUCAUUAACGGCUAAGUGCUGCGCUCACCACACCUGAAUCCCCCACCUGUCUGCAUGCUAAUCAAGUAAUUAACUAUGGGCUCUGCCGCGGGGUGCAUAACUUUUUAUAUUUUUUGGUGGGUAGGUGUGUGGUUUGCCGAAAUUCAUGGCUUUAAUUAACUUGUAUUAGUAUGACAUAGGCGUUGUGGACUGUUAUGUUGUAAAAUAGCUGUUUUCAAUGAUUCUUAAUUACUUGUUUAGUAUUCACUUAUAUGGGAUUCCAAGCUUAAAAAUAAUACAGCAAUUUUACAUCUAAGCAUUUUUGUGUGGGAGUGGCACUUUUAAGCGGCUUGUGAGUCUACUUGUCUUAUCUUAACUAGCAAACUAUAGCAAACUAUAGAGGCUAGAGUUCGCCAAUAAUGUAAAAAUGUCUUCUUUGUAAUCCCACUAGCUUAGUAACGGAUAUUUGAUAGUCGAGAUAGUCGACUAUAGCGUCCUCUCUUGUUUUUACUUUUUGUGUGAUAUAUAUGUACAUGACUUGCAAUUUUGGAUUAAUUAGGCAAUUUUUUUUUGUUAUAGCGAGAGUUCAAUAUUAAUAUCUAUUAAUUGGUCCAUUUUAAUUUUCUUUUACAGCAUUUAAAAUUUAUUUCACAUUUGCCUUUUAAAAGUUUUUGCCUUUUUUUUCUAGAUAAUAAAAAUGCUUUUAUACGAUGUUUUUUAACUUCUUGUCUAUAGUUACUAACUUUAAUCUCUGUUGGUAUUUCAAUUAAACAUCUACAAAUCGACAGCUACGACAUCUCAUUUUGAGUUUUUUGUUUUCCAUAUACCAACACAAAAGGAAAUGAGUAAAAUGCUGUAUAUUAAAAACGUAAAAAAUUAUGUAACCGGUAAAAGAAAGUGUUUCAGACCCUUAUUAAGUAGAAACUGCAAAAACUUUAUAGAAGUUUGCGAAUCUGUCUAGGUCAUGCCUGAUCCAAAAUUUUGUAUAAAUGUAAAUGAGGUAAAUUCAUUUAAAAAUUGUAAUUAAUGUAGCCCAUGGCAUGUGUGCUAGCUCAGCGUGCCUGUCCUUAUCUUCUCCGCCCCGAAUUUGACUGAGUAAUGGGUAUUUGAUAGUCGACGUUACUCGCGUAUCGCGUUGUCCCUUACUUUUGUUUAUGAUCAACAUUUGGACAGCUGAACGAAGUAAUUUGUCAACGUCACGCACUUCCAUUUUGCUACUUUCGGAGUUUCCCAGGCUGUCUGGAAGUUAGUUGCGCCAUGUCCUGCCUCAAGAGCGUUCUGCAGCUGCUGCAAGUGCUGACAACGCUUUCGGGUUGCAACAUCUACAAGUACGUCGAAGGCAGGCGGGUAUUCAUAGUGAACCGGAAGAUUGAUUUUCUGGUGGGGGCGGUGCAGAGAUUCUGGCUGAGGCCGUAUCUGCUGAUGACCUUCCUGAUGCACUUUGUAUUCUGGUUGCUGCAGUUUCGCGAGGGACUGACGGAUCUAACGCCUGGGAGUGAGAAGCCACUGCAGCUCAUUUACACAAUAGGACUGACAGUUGCCAAAUAUCAGAAUGUAUUAAUAAGCACGGGAAUUGCCUAUCACUACAGGCAUCAUCGUAAGCUAAUGCGACAGGUUCUGAAUCAAUUUAUAACAGUCUAUUAUAGCUACGAGAGAAUUUGCGGAAGGGUGCCGAGAAUUAACUGGCUUCUAUUUGGCAUCCAAGCCUACAGAGCAGUUAUCGCUACGCGCGCGCCCAUGCUAAGAAACCAAAUAAUGGUUCUGGGCUAUAACCAAAAUGUUGACAUAUUAAUGGGACUAUCCGAAGUAAUCUUUAUCUGCAUUCAGCCCCUCCUAUUAUCAUUAGUUGUCUACUUGGGCAUCAUGAUACUUUAUGCCUGCUACGACAUCAAAGUGCACCACAAUCGAAGAAAGUCAUUGAAACUCUUCGUCUUCUACAGGCACCUCAUCAGACUUAGGUACAUGUUCGACCGUUUGGCCAGGCCUUUUGUGUGGACGGCUUUAGUGCAGAACUUUUUCCUUUUCAUAGCCAACUUCCACUUGAUACUUUACGAUCAGCAAUCAACCAUACUUUUUGGGGAGUCUCUGCUAAGGGCAAUCAUAUAUCCGGUAGCCCUGCUCCAUAUAAAUGUGACUAUUAGUUCCGUGGAGAAAACAUUUGGUCAAUUUGAAGCGAGUUUCAGACCUCAGCGACAGACACAAAUGCUAUGGCUUUACAAGCACGUUGUGAUAGCUACUGUUGAUAAAAGUGACAUGAAUGCCUUUCGCCUGGACCGGGGACACAUUUUAGAUGUGCUAAGACUAGGAUGGGCCUUCGCCAUGUUUACGAAUGGCUUGUUGCUGAACAGCACCGCUAGGCUUAAACAUUUUAAGACUGUGAAUUAUAAAAAAUUGUUGUAGUUUGCUCAAUUAUUUCCUAACAAGUUAAAUAUUCGAAGAAUUUUAGUAUUUAAAAAUCAUUUGUUAAUAACAAAUGAAUAAAAUGUGUUCUGUUCUCUAAGUAGUAAUAUCGCACACAAAUUAAAUACUCUAAGGAUUCUAAAAUUCAUAAA